UUUUAUUUACUGAUUUCAACAUCCAACUUUAGUUCAGAACCGAAACAAACCUGAACAUUUCCUGAAAAUAUGUAUUUUCAACAUUCGUAAAAUACGACUUUUCAACGCCCGGAAAAUACACAUUUUCAAUAUCCAUAUAAGAUGUAUUUAUGACAUCAAGAAAAAACAUUUGACACCUGGAAAAUAUGCAUUUUCACCUUUCAUUCAGCUCCAAAAAUGGGAAAGAGGUCUAAAAUACUUUCAAAGCCAUUUUGCUUACUGGGUACAAACCAACUGAACAGCCUGGUCUCAUAGACUAGACGUAACAUAGUACAUGUAAAUCCGGGACACUCAAAUUAGUAUGAUAUGUUACAUUUGAUAUUGUUAAAUAAGACAGCUGAUUACGUAAAUCAAGGGUGGGCUUAUAACACUAAUGUCUAUUAACCCAAGUUGCGAGUUCGAAACUCAUCACAGAAAAUGUUAGCUAAUUUGCAACUUUUCAACUACUAUUACUUUUUUUUGCUAAUAUGUAACUACUUAGCAUGUUAGCUAACCCAUCCCCUAACCCUUUUAGCUAACCCUUCCCCUAAUCCUAUAACCUAAUUCCUAAACUUAACCCUAACCCCUAGCCUAGCUAACGUUAGUCACCUAGCUGACAUUAGCAACAACUAAUUAGAAUUCGUAACAUAUCAUACAAAUUGUAAUUCAUAACAUAUCAUAUGAAAUGGAUGAUGGCCAUCCACAAAUUAAUUCAUGCCAUUCAAAAUGUAAUAUAUGAUACUAAAGGGUCCAUUUUGAGUACAACACACCUAAAUUGUUUUACUAUCAUUUACUGCAGGGCUGCCCAGCAACCCUUUUCCUGGAGAUCUACCGUCCUGUGGGUUCAGUCUAACCCUAAUUUAGCACACCUGUCUGGGUGUAUUCACUUGGAACCAAACAGAAGCAAACAGUACAACCCACCUGAAUCUUCCCAAUAGAAACUUGUCUUUUUGUUGCAAAACGUGUUCUAUUUGCAACUGUUUGCUAUACAGGUUGGACUAAUGAUUACACCCCAGAUUGUAUGUAUAGGCCUAAACUGCUCACCAAGACCUAGCUGAAUCAGGUAUGCUAACUUAAUCCAACAUUGGACAAAAAAAAAACUACAGGAUGGUAGAUCUCCAGGAAGAGGGUUAAGCUGCCCUAUAGGCCUUACAUUGGAACAGGUCUUUACUGGAACUGAUUCCUGUCACCUGGGUUUAUUUUCAGUGUAACACACCCUUACUACCAUAAUUUACUGGAACACGGCGGGCUAAAGACCGUAGAUACCAAAGUUUUCAGGAAAUGAAUUAACAAUGCCAAUCACAAUUUAUAGCUUAGUUCAUAGCUACCAUAAAAAUUCCCCUUAUCAUUGCUCUAUGUCACGUAACGUUCCUUGGUGAAACCAUAGGGGAGGGGACAGUAUAUAAAGAGCGGAGCAACCUCUACUCCACUCAUCACUCCAUCACUGGCCAACCUGAGAAAAGACUACCUGUGAAUUGCCUACGACUACAGUUAACCAGCAAAAUCACCAUGAAGGUCCUGAGCAUCUCUGUAUUACUCUGUGUGGCCUUAACUCUAAGGGAAGCAGCAGGGCAGCAGCAGGCUGUGGCAGUGGAACAACUAAGCAUUGUUCCAGUUCUAGAGGAGGCUAAAGAGACUGGGCCACUGAAGCCACUGGGUGACGCUCCAAUGGAAACCAUAGUAGAACUGGUAGAAAACAAAGUAGAGCAGGCUCUACCUGAAGAAGGGGAAGCUGAGGCUGAUGCUCUUGCGCUGGUCCAAGCACCAGCGAUAAGGUUUUUGCACUGCCCUGAUGGUUGGUACCUACAUCAGUCGCGCUGUUUCCUCUUUGUGAACUCAUACUUGCCGUGGCACAACGCAGAGGAACACUGCAACACUCUGCAUGCAAACCUGGCCUCCGUUCAGAACCCCCGACAGUAUCGCUUCCUGCAGCAGUUAACGACAAUGGCCAACCGGCACAGCGCGUGGAUCGGUGGAUUCUAUCUCCAAGACAGGUGGCUGUGGAUCGACCGUGUAGGAUUCUACUACGAAAACUGGUACACACACCUUGAUGUGGACCGCAACGCUUGCAUCCAUCUGCGCACCUCAGUGGGCUGGUCAAAUGCUCACUGUGGCACAGGUCUCCCAUUCAUCUGUGUGAAAAUGUCCUGUUAGUCAAGAUUGUGCUUCCUGCCAGCAGCAUGAUUUCAGUACGAGAAAGAAUUGUUAGUUGGCUGAUGUUAUUUCUAACUGCUUUCAGCAUUUUAGCGUAAUGAAUCCAGGCUGCAUCACAUCCGGCCGUGAUUGGGAGUCGUAUAGUGAGGCGCACAAUUUGCCCUGUCGUCCGGGUUUGGCCGUGGUAGGUCGUCAUUGUAAAUUACAAUUUGUUCUAAACUGGCUUGCCGAGUUAAAGGUUCAAUAAAAUAAAAAAAAACAUUGAUUUUAUUACUGACUUUAUUCAGUCACCCUGGAUGUCUGCCAAAAGGCUAAAUGUGACUUAGGCAAGAUGCAGUCAUAAAAUUCCAUUGAUCCAGGUUUAUUCUACAAAAGCAAUGACGCCCAAAACAUUAUUGCGACAUGUGUAAUGCAAACGGCAUAUAUAUGAUACAUUUAAGAAAGAUCAACAACAUUUUUAUCUGUUCGACUGGGGUGGAUUUUUAUUUUGUCGAACUUUCUUUAUUGCAACAAAUAAUGGUGUUUUUCUAAUAAAUGAUGAUUGCAGAAUAAUUUUGAAGGUAAACUGGGCACGUGAUGUUGAUGAUGACGUUUUUAUCGACACAAGAUGGUUAAAUGGAAGUGGACAAGUUAUUAAUGGAAACACAGUAGCUGCUGAUGAUGGAAACUGUGCUCUUCGAAUAAAUAUGAUUGCCGAAUAUUUUUUAAGGUAUGCUGGCACAUUAUGUUAUCUACUAUAAAACUCCACUCCACAUGUAAUUCUAUUGCCUACUGCUCGCAGCAUCCAUUUAUUCAACAAUAAAAAAUAAUGUUUCCUUGCGGGACCAGGUUUGUAUUGACUUUCAAGAAUGCCUGAGUUGCUUCACAUUGCAAUUUGAAGUUUCACUAUCAAAUUAUUUCAGAUCAUCUAGGCCUGCGUGACUGCAAGUUACACCAUGGCACGGACAGUGGCGAUAAGUUUGACAUAUGAGAAUGAUAAGAAUAUGGCAAAUAUUAGUCCAUGUUUGUAUUAUAUCCAUCCUGGAUUUUUCGGGCUACCUGAGACAUGAAAGAUAGGUGUGCUGGGCAUACAGACUGUAGCCACUUUAUUAAUCCGCAAUAUGCCUAAUAUAAUGAUGGAUACACUUCAACCACAUUUCUAUUCGACAUUUUAGGUUUUGUGACGUCAUUACGUCCAGCUGUUUUAUCGACACAACAGUUUAUGGAAACGCACCGUGGUAGGCAAUUGUCGCGUCUGUCUGUGAAUUAAAUGUCGAGGAAGAAAAUCACUGGAAAAGUUCAUGGAAACAUAGCUAUUGCAAGUUUUGAUGACCUAUGUAAUUGCUUUCCUGUUAUAAAGAUGUUGUGGAUUUGUUUUCUUAUUUCUUUCUUUCUUCCUAGUGUAGUAGUUAACAUACCAUUGCAGACUGGCACCAACACUUUGGCUAAUGUUUACCUGUGAGGGUUGCCCUUCAUUUCAGACACAGGUUGACUUUUUAUUUUAUUUAACCAGGCAAGUCAGUUAAGAACAAAUUCUUAUUUACAAUGAUGGCCUACCCCGGACGACGCUGGGCCAUUUGUGCGCGGCCCUAAGGGACUCCCAAUCACGACCAGAUGUGAUGCAGCCUGGAAUCGAACCAAAUACUGCAGUGGCCUCUUGAACUGAGAUGCACUUGGGAGCCUGAGUGACUGGUGUCCCCUGAAAGCAGAUCUGGGACAAGGCACAUUCCCCUAAACGCUUCUCACUCUUUUUUUAUGACACCAUUUCAUGGCUCAAAUGGGUUGCUUAAGUUACUAACACUCAAUUCCUCAGUGAGAUAAACUCAAUUGUAACUGUUAGUUAGUAAGCAAACAGAGCAUCCAAAACUGCCAAUGAGAGGAGCCACAGGGCUUAAAUAAACAUACGUCUAUUUCCAUGGCUCAAUAAUAAUACUUUACAUAGUAUAAUACGUUUUACAUAUAAUCAUGUUUUAAAUAAAAAAGUUUUACAUAUCA